AUGGCCCGCUGGCGGCUCUGCCUGGCCGGGCUGCUGCUGCUCCAGGGCUGCGGGCUGGGCCGCCCCUCGGAGCUGGCGUUCCUGCUGGAGCCGGCGGACGUGAUCGCGGUGCAGGAGCAGCCCCUGGUGCUGCACUGCCGGGUGGAGGGGGAGCCGCCCGUCAGCGUCUCCUGGCACAAGGACGGGGCGGCGCUGGGCAACGGCAGCCACACGGCCGUGCUGGCCAACGGCUCGCUGCGCAUCGAGAGCUUCCACCGCCGGCCCCGGGGCGGGGGCGCCGCCAACCAGACCAGCGUGGGCGACUACAGCUGUGCUGCCCAGAACCGUGACGGGCUGCUGAUCAGCCGCAAGGCCCGCGUGCAGCUCGCCACCCUGUCCAAGUUCCACAUGCACCCGGCGUCCAUGGCGGUGGAGGAAGGCGGCGUCGCCCGGUUCCAGUGUCUCAUCCAGGGUGUGCCCGAGGCCACCAUCACCUGGGAGCGCAACCGCACGGCCCUGCCGCCCGGCGACCACCGGUUCACCCUGCUGCCGGCCGGCAUCCUGCAGAUCACCGGGGUGCGGCGAGCCGACGUGGGCUCCUACCGCUGCGUGGCCAGCAACAUCGCCAGCAGCCGCUGCAGCCAGGAGGCCCAGCUGGCCAUCAGUGGUGAGCUCUCAGCCCCCAAACUCUACAAGGAGCCCAUGAUCCUGUCGGGCCCCCAGAACCUGACCAUCACAGUGCACCAGACGGCUAUCCUGGAGUGCAUCGCCACCGGCAACCCGCGUCCCAUUGUCUCCUGGAGCCGGCUCGAUGGGCGCUCCAUCGGCGUGGAGGGGAUCCAGGUGCUGGGAACUGGCAACCUCAUGAUCUCAGACGUCUCGGUGAAACACGCUGGGGUCUACGUGUGCGCUGCCAACCGGCCUGGCACCCGCGUGCGCCGCACAGCCCAGGGCAUCCUCAUGGUGCAGGCCCCCCCGGAGUUCGUACAGUGGCCCCAGUCGGUGUCCAAGCCGCUGGGCAGCCACGCCAUCUUCACGUGCAUGGCACAGGGUGUCCCCGAGCCCCACCUCAUCUGGCUGAAGAACGGCGAGAUCCUGGUGCCAAGCGAGAACAUCAAACUCACCCACAACAACAGCACCCUGCUGCUCCAGGGGCUCGCGGUGGGGGACGAAGCUAUCUACCAGUGCGUGGCUGAGAACAGCGCGGGCACCAACCAGGCCAGCGCCCGCCUGGCCCUCACCCUGGCCCAGGAGCUGCCCAGCUCCCCCGAGGGCGUCCGGGCCGCCGCGCUCUCCACCAGCUCCAUCCAGGUGUCCUGGCAGGAGCCCCCCCCGGAGGUGACCGAGGGGCUCAUUGGCUACGUGCUGCACAUCCGCAGGGCGGGAGUGCCCCCCCCGGCCCUGAGCCUGACCCGCAGGGAGCCCCCAGCCCCCGCCAGCCCCCAGCCCGCGCCAGCCACCCCCUACCGCCUCCGCCUCCGAGCCUGGUCGCCGCUGGGGGCCAGCCAGGCCUCGGAGCCCGUCCUGGCCACCACCAUGGGCAGCAUCCCCGCAGCCCCCAGCUUCUUCACCAAGGUGCUCAACACCAGCACGGUGCAGGUCUUCUGGGUGCUGCCCCCCCAGCCAGGCCGGAUCGAGGGCUUCAAACUCUUCCACCGCAAACUGCCCAGCCCCCACUUUGAGGGGCCACAGCUCCUGGCCAGCACGGCCAACUCCUACGUCUACAGCAACCUGGAGCCCUCAGCCACCUACGAACUCCAGCUCCAGGCCUUCAACGGGAACGGAGACAGCAACAGCACCGUGCGGGUCGUCCGGCUGGAGGGGAGCCGCCAGACGCUGGAUGCUGACCCCGUGUGCCACUGUCAGCCGGAGGAGAGCUCGCUGCCUGGCGUCGUGGUGGGCGUCCACAUCGGCAUGGCCUGCGUCAUCUUCUGCCUCCUCUUCCUCAUGCUCGGCUACCGCAGGAGGUGA